UGGCUUGUUACCCUCCUCGGGAGGAGGCGAUCAAAGGGAAGGCGAGGGAAAAAGAGUGGCUGCUUAGCGAGCGAAGCUUCCUUACAGGCCAGGAGGCACGAAGAAGAAGGGGGGGUCCUGCAGGAGAGAGCCACCCCCGUGCAAACUCCCCUGCAGACAGGCAGGCUUCAGCCCCCGCUCCUGCUGCCGCCAGUAGCUGCCUCCCCCGCUGUCAUGAGCAUCCAUAAAGGAGGAUCCCGCUUGCGGCAGCAACAGCCUGGCGAAUAGAGAGCGCGCAGGGCGCACGGAGUGGCAAAGGCGAAGGCGAAGGAGACGAGGCAGAGGCUGCGUGGCGGCGGCGGCGGCGAGAUUCUGAUUGCAAGCCGGGACCCUUCAUCGGCUUCGGGAAAACACUGCCGGGGCCAAGGGCGUGCUCCUCGAUUUGCCAAGGGCAGAGUUGGAGGAGGGGAGGAUCUUUCCAAAGAGGUUUUGCCAUCGCCACGCUUUUGGCGUGGCCAACGAGAAGACUAGACAGCAAUCUACCUUUUUAUCCCUCCCACAUCAUCGUUUAUAAUUUCAGGGGUCAGCCAGGACGCGGCGCCACCGAGGGCGCUUCUAGUCGCUCCUCCCGCAGGGAGAGUCGAGCCGGACCUCGCUCACCCCGCCCCCUAAUUCCUUUCCACGCUCCCUAAGAUUGGCCAAAGCUGCCACCCUCCUGCUCCGACACACUUCCCUUACCCAAGCUCCUUGCCACCUUCUUCCCCAGAUCUUCCGCCGCCUCCAACAUCUGGCACAGCUAUGACUCUCUGAUCACACGUCUCUCCAUCCCCGCCGCCAGCACGCAGAGUGCUACACCCCUGAUCCCCAAUUUUGGCCAAAGCUGAAAAGGGCACAUUGGAUCACACCUCGUCCUGGGGCCCUGCUGAGCCCCUGGGUGCCCCCACUGUGGCCAGCGGGAUGAAGCCUUUGGAGAAAUUUUUGAAAAAGCAGGGGUCCCACUUGGCUGCCCGGGCUGGCCCUGGGGCUGGUGGGCAGGUGCACCGCAGGCAAAGUGUCUCCAAGAUCCUUCUGCCUGGAUUCCUCAAGGAGCCCCCAGAAGAUCCCCCUGAAGGAGGCACAAAAACUGCUGGUGAUGGCCGCUGGCUGGAGCUGCGGCCCCCUGAUUCCUCUCUGCGCUCCCCAACAUCCUUCUCGUCUGAGGAGCUGUCCCCAGGGGGUGGUGGAGGUGGUGAGACCCAGCUCAGCCCAGAGUCUGUUCCCACCUGCUGCUGGGCACCGCUGGCAGAACCCGAGAGCCCUGAUCAACUAUUGGGGAGGCUUCUGGAGAAACUGGGAGGGGACCCAACAGCCCCCCAUGGGCAUGGCUGUGGCUCAGACCUAUUCCUAGAUGACAUCGUGCUCACCCACUCGUUGUUCCUGCCCACGGAGCAGUUCCUGCACCAGGUGCACCAGCACUUCAUGACAGCAUCUACAAUCCCAUCACCGGCAUGUUGGAAGGAAGGCGAGGCCAUGCACCGAAAGCGAGCUGUUUUGGUUAUUUUGCUGCACUUCCUUGAGACAUACAAGGGGAUCUUGCAGGAGGAGGAGAAAGCAGGCAAAGUUAUCAAGGAUCUGUACCUGCUAAUCAUGAAGGACUCCUCCCUUUACCACAAACUGGAAGAUGAAAUUUUGAAGCUACAUCAGCUCGUGGAAACAGUUGAACUCAAGGUAACUGAAGAAAGCCAUCCCCCAAGCAAACAAGUCAAGCCCCUUUUCAGGCAUUUCCGACGCAUAGAUUCCUGCCUCCAGACACGGGUCGCUUUCCGUGGGUCAGAUGAAAUCUUCUGCCGCGUUUACGUGCCCGACCACUCAUAUGUCACCAUCCGCAGCCGCCUCUCUGCCUCUGUGCAGGACAUCCUCACCUCGGUGACUGAGAAGCUCCAGUAUUCGAAUGAACAGCCCACACGGGAGGAGGCUCUCAUACUGGUGGCAGUAGCAUCCUCAGGAGAGAAAUCUGUGCUACAGCCCAAUGAAGAGUGUGUUUUCACUACCCUGGGGAUAAACAGCCAUCUCUUUGCCUGCACUAAGGAUACUUUCCCUUCACUGGUCCCUCUCCCUGAUGAAAUCCAGGUGUCUCCAGGUGACACAGAGAUCCACCGGGUUGAAGCUGAAGAUGUGGCAAAUCACCUCACAGCUUUCCACUGGGAAUUGUUCCGCUGUGUCCAUGAGCUGGAAUUUGUGGACUAUGUGUUCCAUGGGGAACGUGGCCGACGGGAGACUGCCAACCUGGAGUUGCUGCUGCAACGUUGUAGUGAAGUUCAGCACUGGGUGGCCACUGAAGUGUUGCUGUGCGAGUCGCUGGGGAAGCGGGCCCACCUGCUCAAGAAGUUCAUAAAGAUUGCAGCCGUAUGUAAACAGAACCAAGACAUGUUAACAUUCUAUGCCGUGGUUAUAGGACUGAACAACGCACCUGUCAGCCGUUUGCGUCUCACCUGGGAGAAGCUUCCAGGGAAAUUUAAGAACCUGUUCCGGAAAUUUGAGAAUCUAACGGACCCCUGCAGGAAUCAUAAAAGCUACAGAGAAGUCCUCUCCAGAAUGAAACCCCCCAUUAUUCCCUUCGUACCCCUCAUCCUAAAAGAUCUGACAUUUUUGCAUGAAGCUAGCAAAACCUUGGUGGAUGGACUAGUCAAUGUAGAGAAGCUGCACUCGGUAGCAGAGAAAGUGCGGACAAUCAGGAAGUGCCGGAGCCGGUCCCUCUGCCUGGAAAUUGAGUCAUCUCCCCAACAGUUGCAGACAAAAGCUUACGCUCGGCAGUUCCAAGUUAUUGACAAUCAGAACCUGCUCUUUGAGCUCUCUCAUAAACUGGAGUCAAACAGCCAAUGAGGCAGCUGCCCACAGGCAGGCAUCACUAGCAAAGAAUGUUUACGCUGCGUGAUACUCAAGCACUUUUUGGAUGUACAGGGGUUCCUCCUAGGGUUUCACCCGGUUGGAGAGGACAGCAUGGAGUCGCCAAAUGGCAGGGAUGAUCAAGCUUGGUCAGGGAUAGCCCAAAACAUUUUGGUGACUGAAGUGGAAAAUCAGAAUGGCACCUCACCUUCCUGUUAAUUUAACAUGGGACACAAUUUGCCACAAAGUUCUCCUGCCAGGACUGGCCCCAAUAUAUUUUCAUGCCAGAGAUGGAAAAUCAAAAUGGCACCUUCCUCUCCCCACAUCCACAGCAGUUAAAAAACAAGCAAACAACUCUUCAAAUAACUGACCAUUUUUAGCCCUUUUAAAUUGUGCCCCAAAUCUACUGCCUUUGCCUAAUGGCAGAGCUAGCUCAGUUUUCUGUGCAGGCCUCAUUUAAGUGAAUGAAAGCUGCGGUGGAGCACAUCUGAGUGGGAGUUCCACAGCAGAAGCUCAUAAUGUAUUGUGGCUCAUUGUCCAAUCUGGUUCCUGAGCAGAGCCGCUUCUGACCAUCCUUUGACAGAGUGGUUAGGACUGAAAAUAAAAUAGUCACAGGAGAUGGAACAGUGUCUUGUGGAGAAGAUCAAGCCAAAACAGGAUUUCUUGACUUCCUUGUAGGACAGCUUGCACUGGAGGUCAGUGCCCUGUUGAGGGAGUUCCCUCCUUACCAUGAGCUUAAUGGAACAAGUCCUUGAAAAUUAACAAUUUUAGAAUCAGAUAAAUAAGCUUCUGAUGUCAUGGACUGGACAUAGUACAGCUGCUAGAGACAGUGGGUGCAGAAAUGUUAAUUUUCUAUAUUUUAAUUCUCUUAUUUCUAUACUACACUAUUUGUGGACAUUUUUCUUUCCAUCUUAGAAAGGUCUGAUGUGGAAACAUCAUCAUUAGCAAUAAUGAUGAUUCACAGGAGACUCUCAAAGUCUCAGGGUUCUGUUCUCUCAGAAUGUUUCUAAAAAAAAAAAAGCUACUCCAGGUAACUGAGUUGUUAAAAUUCAGCUUGCUUUGGCUGUGAUGGAUGGGGCAGUAUUCAAGAAUUUACAUUCUGUGAGAUUUCAACUACAAGAAUUUAAAAUAUACAUCAAAAUGAUAAGACUGUUGUAGUUCCUUAUUGAGGUAUUGCUAUUCAGACUUUAACUGGCCUAAAAGACAUUCCUGGACCCCCGCAGCACUGUGGGGGCUAGGGUUAAGGAUCUCUUAACAAACAAUCUUUUGUACUCUCACCAAACUACAGUUCCCAGGAUUCUUUGUGAGAAGCCAUGACAGUUAAAGUGGUGUAUGUUUUUGUAGUCUAGAUACACAGUCUCUGAUUCUAGCUUCUGUCUGAAUCCCCAAGUGUUGAAUAAAUUUGUUUUUUGAAGAAGCCAAUUAUCUCUUCCCCUUGAACUAGGCUUUAGGUAAAGGUCACUCUUGAGUUCUGGGAUGUCUCCUUCAACAGCUUUGAAGAGCCAUGGAGGGACAGGGAGAUUGCCAUCUCAGAGUAGGAUAGUAUGGUUUUCCUUCUGUGUCGUCCUCUCUACAGGGAAGAGGCCCAUAGUUCAGCAUCUGCCUUGCAUGCAGAAGAUCCCAGGUUCAAUCCCUGGCAUCUCCAGGUAGGGGUGGGAUAAGACUCCCUGCCCGAAACCCUGGAACGCUGCUGCCAGUCAGUGCAGACAAUACUGAGCUAGAUGGACCAAGGGUCUGACUUGGUAUAAGGCAGUUUCCUAUGUUCCUAGCACAGGGACGUUCACAGGAACUCUAGAGAGAUUGUCUCCUGCUAGUCACACAGUUUGGAUGGUUACACAGUGAUAAACAAUUUUUAUUCUCACUGCUCCAAAGUGCCUUUACAGAAUGUUAUGUAGUGAUUUGAAUUUAUCUUAACUUCAGAUUAAUUAAUCUGGAAUAAUUUAUCAAGAUAAACAUAUAAGACUGGAGGAAAUUUCUGUAAACUUUGUUUGAAACAGCAUGUUGAAAGAGGGAUGGUCAUUUACUAUCUUUCAGCCUUUCCCUCCAGUUGUGUGAACAAAAAGUUGAUUUAAAGUGUACUAAUACAGUUAUGUUCUCAGUCCUUGCUGUCAAGUGCUUUCAAGAAAAGACCUUAAUUCUCAAAUAUUUUGAAUUUAAUCCAUGUUGGCGAUUGUGAGGACAGAACCAAAAAUAUUAUUUAUUUUGGAUUAUUUAAUCUGAGAUAACAGGUCAGAACUUUGUGGAUCCUCCCAAUAGCUUUUAACCAACUUUCUGCGGGACAGAGUGCCAAACACAUAUACAUACCUGUCCUUUCCAUACAUUGUCAACGGAACACUUACAGUCUGCUCUUAAUAAAUAGUGUUGGCAAUGGGUUGCAAUGGGGCAGUCCUAUCUUGCAAAGGUUCUGCACCUCCUAGCACUUCUCAAAAUACUUUCAAACAUCAGGCAGACUAUCUAUCUUGUUUUAUGAGAUUAGGAAAGCCUGCUUUGAUAUAAUUUAAGAACUAAUUUUGUCUAGUCCCAUAACUCUUGCAUGGAAAAAUCACAUCUCAGGGCUCAGUCCUAGAAUCUAUGUAUUCCCUCUGGAAUCUAUUUUCAGUGCCAUGAUUCAACCCUGGAAAUGUGAAGUAAUAAAUAAGAAUGUUUGAGCAUGUCUGCAUUGUCCACACUACUGAGUAACCACAGCCCCCUUCCACACAUUUCUGAUUAGCGGGCAGGACUUUCAGGUUAUUGGGGAAGACAUCUACUGCUUUUUAGAAAUCAACUGCUUUCCCUACCUGUUUCUAACAGCUUUAAUAUUUGGUCAAAACAUUGAUAUCAAAUAACAGAUAUUGGAAAGAAUCCUCUCUUGUUUUUUAACAAUGAGUUUGUUCUUUGCUGACCUCCCUUCUCUUUGAUAAGAGUUGUGUUUAUUUGUGUGUCGGGGGGUUACCUCUUGUGCAGAGGUGGGGGGACUAGAUGCUGCUGAACUUCAACUCCCAUCAUCCCUAACCACUGGCCCUGCUGGCUGGGGCUGAUGGGAGUCAGAGUUAGGGUGCCAGGUUCAAUCCCUGAGACUGAUCCUGUAUCUUUAGGAGAAGAGAAAGUCAGCCAAGUGCA